UAUGCCUCGGACCCCAGUCCAUGCAAUGCUAACUCAGAGCAGGGUAGGCGCUUAGUCUGGACGCUCCGGGAAUGGGAUCUUCAGUGAGAAUUAAGAAGAACUUUAAAUUUUUCCGAGUGUAUCCACUGCAAAGGCAACUCUUUAUUCUGCGAGAAUAGUUUCCGAAAGAGGUAAAUGAAAAACGGGAGAUGGGAUAAAAUAAUAACCUAAAAGUCGACACUAAUGAGGUAAUGCAGUUGUAGGUACAUUGGGCGGAUAGGUAAAAGGGUAAAACUUGUGUAUGACGAGGAAUAGUGAAGACUAAGUUUGAGUAAAAUAUGUUUUGUUGCCGGCGAUCGUAAUUAAAUAAGAAUGAAAGAGUUAAAAACAUCGAACAAAAGUGUAACAUUUAUGCGAUGUCAUUAAUGACAGAAGACCCGAAGAAAUAUUCUGAAUCUCUGACUGAAUGUGUAAUAAGACGUUGAAUUCGCAGUUGAGUUCGCAAAUUGUAGUUUUAAUUGAAAUCGAUGCGUAUAUGGCAUUGGGAGAUUUUCACACACAUAUUAUUAGAAAAUAAGUAGCUAUGGCAAAGUGGUUCAGAGAUUUCCCCAUUACCCUGAGGAACGGAACCGAUAGGAUCCGCUUGUCUUCCGAAUCGGGGUCUCAAACAACACGAACAAAGCCAGGAGUUACGGUCGGUACAGUAAUUAGAACCGGCGGCAAUAAAGGUAGUCUGCGCAAAACCUCCGAGAGUGACGGUGGCGGGGUGGGUUCGCUGCUGUCCGGGAGAAAUCGGAAAAAUUCGGCAAUCGAGCUGGGACGAAAUGGGACCACCGGUUCGGUCAAGGACGGGAGAGUAUGGGACAGUCUGAUUCCGGGCAAAAGUCGCAAGAACAAAACUGAGGCAGCGGCCGAAGAGCAGCGGUCACCCAAAAGUUCGACUUUGGCGAAUUCCUACACAAGCAGGUUGAUCAAAGUAGACAAACUGGAGAAGAACCCAAACUACAGCAACGGUACCGGUGGCCCAGGGGUCACAGAAAGUGAGAAAACAAAGGCAGCAAAUAAAACAGAAACGUUGAUCAUUCUGGAGGACUAUGCAGACCCCUUUGAUGCACAGAAGACCAGGGAGCAGAGAGAGACGGAGAGGAUCGCAGAGAAUGAUGGAUACAUGGAGCCCUAUGACGCCCAGCAGAUUAUCACAGAAAUACGACGGAGGGGCUCCAAAGAUCUCCUGAAGAUGUCUGCCCUCCUCGAGGGAGGCAAGGAGGCGGCCGAGGACGUCAGACCCACGGCCCUGCAAAUCUACGACACACCGUAUGAAGGAGGUGCAGAAGAGGAGGCCGGGGCGGUCUGCAUCCUGGCCUCCCGGCCCGAGCUGGACCCGCGACCGUCCGCCGAGUACGAGCAGCCCUGGGAGUGGAAGAAGGAGCAGAUCGUCAGGGCACUGUCAGUUCAGUUUGAGGCCCCUGAGCGUUCCUCCCCCACCAAGGACGAGCCCCCACACCCCGUGCGCCAGCAGCGCCUCCGGCCAAAGAGCUGGAGCCAGAAGAUCCUUAAGUCCUCUCCUCCCCCGCCGUCCUCCCCUGGGCUCAUGUGCGACGCCGACAGAGUCGACCCGACGGUGCCACUGGAGAAGCAGAGCUGGUACCACGGCUGCGUGACGCGACAGGAAGCGGAAUCGCAGCUCCAGCACUGCAAGGAGGCCAGCUUCCUGGUGCGCAACAGCGAGUCGGGCACCAGCAAGUACUCGAUAGCCCUCAAGACAAGUCAGGGCUGCGUUCACAUUAUCGUGGCUCAGACCAAAGAAAGCGGCUUCACCCUGCACCAGAGCAGCUGUGUGUUUCCCAGCAUCCCGGAGGUGGUGCACCACUACUGCACCCAGCGGCUGCCGUUCACCGGGGCAGAGCACAUGACCCUGCAGCACCCAGUUCCCCGCCUGCACUGACUCACCGCCAUGUCCCGAGAGUCACGCAUCGGGCUCGCAGGCGCGAUGAGGCUCAUCCUGUCCACUGAAAGCAAUUUUUCUGACAAGCUGCAUACUUUUGCCCUUUUUCAGACGUACUCCCUGCCAUCGCUCCAUGUCCAGCUGCCUCUGCUAGCCAUCAGAUUUAAAGAAGUUUGCAGAAAGGUUCAGGUGUUGGUAAAAUAAUGAAAUUUUUAUGCAUGAAAGAUCUGACAGUAAUAAAUUUUUAAUUACUACGCUCGCACCAUUUCAUUCGUCCUCAAAUUCCCCAGUAUUUUUCACUGCCUAGCGAUCGUAUCAUUAACACUCACUGAGGACUCAAAGGUCUCAACAGUACAUUUUAUACGCCCCCUGGUGGUAAUACUUGCAUAUUGCAGAGGGCCUUCAUAACGCCUAUAGAUAACUAAAGGUUAUCUUGUAAGAUAUAUGAAAGCAGAAGUAUUUACGAAUCUAAUUUCCCAACAGGUUGCAUUGGAGUAUUGUAUAGAAAAUGAAACUGCUUUGUUUUCAAUUUACUUUUAUUUCAUUGUUUUAUGUUAAUGAAUGUAAUUUGGUGACAGAGCCGAUUUGUGAUAUGUGGCACAAUUCAGUUCCGUAUUGAUGUGCUCGGUUAAUUCAAUAUUAAAGCCAGUCUUGGGUGAAUGGUAGAAUAGACCUUGCAUCUUUGCUGAUUAUUUCCCCAACGUUAAGAGAGACGCCGAAGACCCCUUUGGAUGGAAUAUGGAUUUUGGUUACCUGUGUGAUUUAGUGCAGGACACUUGUGUUUUUUUUAUUACUUUACUCAAGCAGAUUGACUCUUGACAUGCAAAAACACAAUGAACCAUUGAGUAAAAUAAAGAAUGCGGAUGUGUAAUUCUUAAAACGGCA